AUGGCGACGCCUUCUAUCCUCCAGCGACCGACCGUUUUCAUCAUGAAAUCCGACGAUGCGCCUACCGUCCUGACUGAUCUCAAAGUCGACACAGUAGUAGUCGUUGGCGAAAUCAACGCCGACCGCACGCUCUACCACUUCACUCUGUCGUUCUUCAACUCGAGCACCAACGCGUCUGUUCGCUUCGACAUGCAUCCUUCCGCUACAGAUCUUAAUGAUAUGUUUCGCGGCAUCAUCGUGGUCGAGUAUCUGUCUUUUCCAUUCUCCACUCUGGCUGGUGGCGAAGACUGGAAGCUUGUUACGCCCUAUAUCUUGAAGCUCUCUGCUACUCGCAUGAUUGGAGAGAUCAGUGCUGCCAUUUUUGAGAAGGGAAGGGACGGGUAUAGGUUCGAUGAUCUUGGACAAGGCUGUCGCCAUUAG